UUUAUAACGACUGCUGUUUCGUCGGAGCCCAGCGUCAGUUUACAGACGAAGCAAGUUUCUGUCUUUUCCUCCGAGUUCUCCGAAGAUUACAAACUCAUUAAACUACCAGCGGAUAUUGCAAUAAGGGCAACGUUUAUGUAUUUAAGCUCAUCGUUGUUUUUCUUUUAGAAAAUAAAACCCCAAGCUAUUUCAGUUUCCGAACAAAGCCGCCCGGGAGAGAUAAUACACGACUGUAACUUCGAUGGAGGUGCUCUGACAUUCCUCGAAGGGAUAACUCAAAGUGGGAAAGUCCUCACACAUGAUCCCUCAAAAGGCUGCACAGAUGUUUUCACUGGGUCAGGAAAACAUCUCGCCCUCCCCGGCUUCCACCAAAGGACCAGUCAGAUAUGGAGAGCUCAUCGUCCUGGGGUGUAAUGGCUCUCUGCCGUCUGGUGAAAGAGGGAGGAGGAAAAGCCGCUUUGCUCUGUGUCGCAGAAACAAGUCGAAUGGCGUGAAACCCAGCACCGUGCACACAUCCUGCACUCCUCAGGCUGCCAAGGCUAUCAGCAACAAGGAGCAGCACAGUAUAUCAUACACACUGUCUCGGGCGCAUACUGUAGUGGUGGAGUACACGCAUGACAGCAACACAGACAUGUUUCAGAUCGGCCGUUCCACAGAGAAUCCCAUCGACUUCGUGGUCACAGACACUGUACCGGGCGGGCAGAGCCUCACUGACGCUCCGACAAUUCAGAGCACAAUCUCCCGCUUCGCCUGCCGCAUCAUCUGCCAGAGGAACCCGCCUUUCUCUGCUCGGAUCUACGCUGCAGGGUUCGACUCCUCCAAAAACAUCUUCCUCGGGGAGAAGGCAGCCAAGUGGAGAAUGCAUGACGGUCAUAUGGACGGGCUGACCACAAACGGAGUUCUGGUCAUGCAUCCCCGGCAGGGUUUCGCCCAGGACUCCAGACCGGGUGUGUGGAGGGAAAUCUCUGUUUGCGGAAAUGUCUUCACACUGCGAGAGACCAGAUCUGCUCAGCAGAGAGGCAAGAUGGUGGAUUCUGAGUGCAACCAGCUGGUUGAUGGCUCUCUGAUUGACCUCUGCGGCGCCACCCUCCUGUGGCGUACAGCAGAGGGCCUCGCUCGCACUCCCACGGUCAAACACCUGGAGGCGCUGCGGCAGGAGUUCAACGCCGGCCGGCCCCAGUGCCCCGUCGGCUUCAACACCCUGGCCUUCCCCAGCAUGCGACGCAAGGACGUGUUGGAUGAGAAGCAGCCGUGGGCGUACUUGCGCUGCGGACAUGUCCACGGCUACCACUGCUGGGGAGGCCGGCGGGCGCCCGAGGUGGAGGCGGAGUGCCAGGAGAGGGAGUGUCCCAUGUGCCGAGCGCAGGGGCCCUACGUGCCGCUGUGGCUGGGCUGCGAACCGGCCUUCUACGUAGACGCCGAGGGCCCCACUCACGCCUUCGUCCCCUGCGGCCACGUCUGUUCGGAGAAGACGACAGCGUACUGGAGUCAGAUCUCGCUGCCACACGGCACCCACGCGUUCCACGCCGCCUGCCCGUUCUGCAUCCACCCUCUCAGGGGAGACACUGGUUUUGUCAGACUCAUAUUCCAAAGUCCUCUGGACUAGAAAUGACUUCUGAUGGAAGAGGAACAAAACACCUGGAAGUGUGAGGUUUCUAAAAACUGAAAUUAAAUUCGUUAAACACAAAGUGCAUCUAUGGAUUCCUGUCACUUUUUUUGAAUAUCUAAUGUGUCUCUGGCUGCGUUCUCUUUUAGAGGAGGAUUUCCUCUCAAGGAGCACCUUCAGAAAAACUCUGGGAAAGUGGUAAUAAUUUUUAAUUUGCCUUAUUUUUCUAUUUAUUCUUUUACCUCUUUUUAGUACUGUGUUUUUAAAGCAGUGCAGAGAUUAACAGCAGCAGGAUACCAGUAUGUCCUUCACUCUAAAUACUAGUAACGCCAAGGGAUGAUCAUUGUUUUGGGUCCAGUGUAACGCUGGGCUCCCUCUGUAGCUCUGACAAAAACACUGGAUUAAAAAGCAAGAAACAAACUGUGGGAUUACAUUUUUACAUCUUCUCUUUUAAAAUUAAGUCACUCCCUUCCCAGGUAUCUCAUGAUUAGAAAGAAUCUGUAAUUUUAUCUACAGAUGUAGAUGUGGGAAGCUUUUGAAACCCUUGUCUUGUGUCUUAAGUAGUAAUGUUUCUAUUUUUUUAAACAAAGAACUGUAAACCUCAGACACUGUAAACCAGCAAUUUUCCGUUAUGUGGGCAAUAAAAUCUUUACCAAACCAUUGUUGAGGAUAUGUAACAUCUUUCUACAGUGCCACCAAGUGGCUGAAUUUACUGCUUUUUUGAAUGUAAGAGAUUAUUUAAAAUAUCCUCAACUUGUACUCCUCUAAGUCAAUAUUUUAACUUUUAACACUUUGGAAACUUUUUAACAUAUUUUAAGUUGUGUUUCUGUAUGUUUGUUGGUUGAUGGUCUUUUGGGAAACUAAGCUUGAAAACAUUAUCAUAAAAUCUUUCAGAUUUAAUUUAAAGUCAAUACACAUAAUAUUAUAACCACUUUACUGACGGUUGAUGUUUCAUUUUAGAUUUUCACUGAGCUUUGUUUUAGUUUCAUUCAGUGCUUCUGCCCGCUUGACUGUUUUUGUACUGUCCAAAAAAAAAUAAAGACUGUUGAUCAUUA